AUGUACCACUCGUUGUUGGGAAACCAGUCCGCACGCGCUUUACAGUGCGGGGGAGCAGCAAUAUGCCGCAAACUAACCAGUACGCGUCGCAGAAGAGCAAAGGACUUAGUUGAGUUGCUGGCAGUAGUAGCGACCUUAGCCAUCCUGAUGUCAACGGGCUACGGAUGCCAACAAAUUGACGUGUUUUCUCACCACACGACUGUCUGCAACAGCUCGAAGGGGAAAAGGAUUUGUAAAUUUCAGGUGUCGGAGAUACUGAAAAUAAACCCCUUCAAAACGGAAGCUUGCCUGCGAUUGAGUAAGAAUUCCACGACAAUGUACGAAGUUCGCGUUGCCUGGAAAUCGCUCAUUCUGCUAUGCGACCAAGAAACGGAUUACUUUACACGCGAUACAGAAUUCAAAGUGAUCAGUAGUAAACGAUGCGCUCACAUGGGUUUCUGCAUAGGACGCAAGAAGUGUGACUGUCUCUGGCCGGGGUCUGGCUGCCUUUUCUAUCGCGUAUUUGCAGUCCCCACUUCCAAUCGCUUGUAUGAAGUCUUUUAUUGUACGCAGUGGAAAGAAGCCGCCAAAGUGGAAAUAACGAGUUUUAACCAUACCAGGAAAGAAAGGCUAAGGUGGAUAACUAAAAUGCCACCGAACGUACCCCCUCACGCUCAGCUCAAUUACUACCCGCCUACGCCAUUGCUAAAUACGCCCUUUAUCGCAGAUGACCGAAGAACUGCACUUUGGGAUUCGCGUUUAACCCCAGAGUUGAUAUGUGGCACACCGGACUCAGCUAGGAAUUUAAUUUGCGAGAUGAGGGAGGACUGUUCGUGCUUUGCAGCAGAAACGCAAGCAAACUGCAAAUGCAAAAAGCUUGACAUUAACGCGUGGUUUAAGAAUCUGCAGCAUCGACUCCCAGUUAUAACCCCCUCAGUGUCAUUCAGACAGUAUACAGAAGGGAAAAUUCAGGCGGCUAUCACCGCAAGGACGACCUCCGAGAUUAUUCUCACCAUGCAGGAUGAACUGGAAACGGAGGUAAUGGUGAGUGACGCCAUAUGUACCAUCUCUAAUACGCCCCUGACGGGAUGUUACAAGUGUGCGAAAGCGGCAGAGGCAGCUAUAACCUGCAAAUCUUCGAAGCCCAUCCAGGCGGAAGUUUCAUGCGAGGAUUCGAGCUUCACAGUACCAUGUGCUGUGGAAUAA